CAACAAUUUCUUCACUCACUCACUCUCCCUAGACCCUAAGAAGCCCUACCCUUACUUCUUCAGAAUUAGGGGUUUUCAAGUCUCUGCAACUCCAAAUUGCACCUCCAUUAAUCAAGCCGAAAUGGAAGACGUCGAAGUGGAUGAUUUCUCUACAAUUUCCACAACAACAGACGAUUUCUGCGAAUUAAUUAUCUCUCGGUUCUCCACUUCUCCACAAGAAAAUCACCAGCACCUAUGCACAGUAAUCGGCGCCAUGUCCCAGGAACUCAAGGACCAAAACCUGCCGUCCACACCCAUCGCUUACUUCGGCGCUGUUUGCUCCUCUCUCGACCGCCUCUCUUCCGACAACAAUAACCACCCUCCCUCUCACGCCAUCGAUUCUCUUAUCACGAUCCUCUCUCUUUCCCUCCCAAGAAUUUCGGUUCCUAUAUUAAAGAAAAAACGAGAUUUCUUAUCAGAACUGAUUGUUAGGGUUUUAAGGGUGAAUUCGUUAACAAUUGGUGCAAUUGUUUCGGCUUUGAAAUGUAUUUCUCACAUCUUAAGUAUUAAAGAUACAAUUAAUUGGAGUGAUGUUUCUCAAUUAUACAACUUUUUGCUGGGGUUUAUUAUCGAUUCGCGUUCAAAGGUUAGAAUGCAAGCAAAUGCAUGUACACGUGAUGUGUUACACAGUUUUCAAGGAACGUCAUUAUUGGCACCAGCGAGUGAAGGGAUUACUAAUACAUUUGAAAGGUUUCUUCUUCUUGCUGGUGGAUCAAAUUCUGCUAAUGAGAAUGAAGGGCCGCGAGGAGGAGCUCAAGAGGUUCUUCAUAUUCUUGAUACUUUAAAGGAAUGUCUUCCACUUAUGUCUAUCAAGUGCAAGACUACUAUUCUAAAGUAUUACAAGACCCUUCUUGAAUUGCGCCAACCUGUUGUUACUAGGCGUAUAACUGAUAGUUUAAAUGUAAUUUGUUUACACCCUACUUCUGAUGUUUCUGCAGAAGUGUUGCUUGAGCUUUUAUGCUCAUUGGCUAUGUUAGUGUCAUCGAAUGAGACAUCUGUUGAUAGUAUGACUUUCACUGCUCGGUUGUUGGAUGUUGGGAUGAGAAAAGUAUAUAACUUGAAUAGAAAAAUUUGUGUGGUUAAGCUACCUCUUGUAUUUAGCACACUUAAAGAUAUUUUGGCCUCUGAACAUGAGGAGGCCAUAUUUGCAGCAAUGGAAGCAUUGAAGAGUUUGAUAAAUAAUUGCAUUGAUGAAAGCUUGAUUAAACAGGGUGUAGAUCAGAUUAUGACAAAUAAAAACCUAGACUCUAGAAAGUCUGGGCCAACAGUUAUCGAAAAAGUGUGUGCAACUAUUGAGAGCUUACUUGAUUAUCAUUAUAGUGCAGUGUGGGACAUGGUAUUUCAAGUUGUUUCGACAAUGUUUCAUAAAUUAGGCAACCACUCUUCAUAUUUUAUGAAAGGAACGGUUAAGAACUUGGCAGACAUGGAGAGAUUGUCGGAUGAUGAUUUUCCGUACAGAAAACAGUUGCAUGAAUGCCUUGGAUCGGCUCUUGUUGCAAUGGGGCCUGAAACAUUCUUGAACCUCCUACCUCUCAAAAUUGAGGCCAAUGACUUAUCCGAGGUUAAUGUUUGGCUCUUUCCUAUUUUGAAGCAGUAUACGGUUGGUGCCCAGUUAAGCUUCUUUACAGAGACUGUUCUGGGCAUGAUUGGUCAUAUGAGAAAGAAGUCCCAAAAAUUUGAGCAAGAAGGACGAGUUGUCUCUGCAAGGAAUGCUGAUGCACUCAUAUAUUCUUUGUGGUCCUUGUUACCUUCUUUUUGCAACUAUCCUUUGGAUACUGCAGAAAGCUUUAAGGAUCUACAACAAGUUCUAUGUAGUGCUCUUCGUGAAGAACAUGAUAUUUGUGGAAUAAUAUGCUCUGCUCUGCAGAUUCUGAUACAACAAAACAAGAAAAAUGCUGAAGAAAAUGAUGAUCCGAUUGUUAUUGAAGUUGAUAUUGCCAGACAGCGAGCUAUGGCCCGCUAUAGCCCCCAGGUUACAGCAAGUAAUUUGAGUGUGCUAAGGGAAUCUGCUUUUGAGUUUUUGACUGUCUUGUCAGGGAUUCUUUUGGAAUCUUCAAAAGAUGAUGGUGGCUGUUUGCAGUCUAUAAUCAGAGAGUUUGCUUCAAUAGCUGAUAAGAAAGUAGUUAAGAGGAUAUUCAUAAGGUCAAUGAGGAAGCUUUUGGAUGUUACGCAAAAGGUGACUAAAUCUGAAGGUUCUGGAAAGUCUAAUUCUAUGCAGACUGAUGACUCAUCAAAUGUAAAGCCACCAUCACUUGAGAGGGCAAGGCUAUUUGAUUUGGCUGUUUCUGUUUUGCCUGGCUUGGAUGUCGAAGAAAUUGGUGUUCUAUUCAGUGCGCUAAAGCCUGCUUUACAGGAUGCUGAGGGUUUGAUCCAGAAGAAAGCAUACAAAGUCCUUUCAAUCAUUAUCCAGAGGUGUGAUGAAUUUGUUUCAUCAAGGCUUGAGGAACUGCUUCAACUAAUGAUUGAUGUCCUGCCUUCUUGCCAUUUUUCUGCCAAACGGCACAGACUUGACUGUUUGUACUUUCUGGUUGUCCAUAUCUGCAAGGGAAAUUCAGAGCAAAAGCAGCGUGACAUUCUUAGUUCUUUCCUAACUGAAAUAAUUCUUGCCCUGAAAGAGGCUAACAAAAAGACGAGGAAUAGGGCUUAUGAAGUGCUUGUCCAAAUUGGCCAUGCCUGUGGAGAUGAAGAGAAUGGGGGAAAUAGAGAGAACCUGUAUCAAUUUUUUAACAUGGUGGCUGGAGGCUUGGCUGGAGAAACUCCUCAUAUGGUUAGUGCUGCCGUGAAAGGUUUAGCUCGUCUGGCUUAUGAGUUCUCAGACCUUGUUUCUACUGCUUACAAGUUGCUUCCAUCCACAUUUCUACUGCUCCAGAGAAAGAACCGAGAAAUCAUUAAAGCUAAUUUAGGCUUGUUAAAGGUUCUGGUUGCCAAAUCACAGUCUGAUGGGCUACAAAUGCACUUGGGAAGUAUGGUGGAAGGCAUGCUGAAGUGGCAAGAUGAGACCAAAAACCAUUUCAGAGCUAAGGUUAAGCAUCUACUAGAAAUGCUUGUGAGGAAGUGUGGUCUGGAUGCUGUGAAAGCAGUGAUGCCUGAAGAACAUAUGAGACUUCUUACUAACAUUCGGAAGAUAAAGGAGCGGAAAGAGAAGAAGCUUGCAGGUAACUCUGAGGAAGCUAGAUCUCAUCUGUCAAGGGCAACCACAUCCAGGUCAAGUAGAUGGAACCACACAAAAAUAUUCUCUGAUUUUGGCGAUGAAGACACACAGGACGACGAUGCUGAAUAUAUGGAUAUAAAGACUGUUUCUGGUCGUCAGAGCAAGUCCUCACAGCUCAAAUCCAAAGCUUCAUUGCGGUCCAAGAGAAUACGCAAGUCAGAUAAAAGCUUGCCAGAAGACUUGGACCAGAUAGAAGAUGAGCCACUUGAUUUGCUUGAUCAGCGUAAAACGAGGUCAGCUCUUCGCGCAUCAGAACAUCUGAAAAGGAAGCAGGAAUCUGAUAAUGAGAUGGAGAUAGACUCUGAAGGGAGAUUGGUAAUUCGUGAGGCGGGAAAGUUAAAGAAGGAAAAGCCCUCUAACCCUGACUCGGAUGGGAGGAGUGAAGUGGGCAGUUAUAAUACUGUGAGCUCCUCAAGGAAAGCCCAAAAGCGUCAAAAAACAUCUGGAUCUGGAUGGGCUUACACUGGCAAUGAAUAUGCCAGCAAGAAGGCUGGUGGUGACUUGAAAAAGAAGGACAAGCUUGAACCAUACGCGUAUUGGCCCCUUGACCGCAAGAUGAUGAGCCGUAGACCUGAGCAUCGUGCAGCUGCUAGGAAAGGUAUGGCGAGUGUGGUGAAAAUGACUAAGAAGCUUGAGGGCAAGAGCGCUUCAGGUGCACUUUCCAUGAAGUUUAUGAGAUUUAAGACACAAAAGAAAGGAAAUAAGAGAAAAAGCAAGUGAAGGCUUAUUUAACUGAUGAUACAAGAGCGCAGGGUUUAGCGGGACUCAAGGUUUCAGUUUGGAAAGAUAGCAGUAGGUGCUUUCUGGGGCAGGGCACUCUUCAUUUUUCAUUCGAAACUAAUGAAUGUUCGGUCGGGGGUUUCUGCCUUGUUAUCAAAAUGGGAGUUGGUCUUUUUAUUUAUUAAUUUGUUUGAUUGAUUAUCAAACAAAGCAUUAGAAGGUGUAUUAUGUUUGUGUAUAUAAAUUUACCAAGAGUUUUCUGGUGAGGUUGUGAUAUUAGGAUUUUUUGCCUGUAACUUGCCAGAUCGUUUUCUAAAUUUGCAAUUUUGACUCGUUCGUGGAAAUACAAUGCGUGAAUCCGUUAACA